AUGGCGGCGCGGGAUCGCGCUCGCGCUCCGGCUCCCGGCUCCCCUCCCCCAGGCCGCUUGGGGGUUGGGAGCGCAACGCGCGUAGCCGUGCGCCGGCUGCCCUGCGACCUGGGUGGUGGUCCCGGCAGCCGCCUGGCCCGCGCCAUGCGGCUCGUCGGCUGGUGGCAGCUCCUGCUGUGGGUGCUGGGGCCCCCUGCCUGCGGCCUGGAGGUUGCAGAGGAAAGUGGUCACUUGCCUGCGAAGGAGCAGCCUGUGGCGGGCGAAGAGCAGCCAUCUCGCGAUCCGGUGCGCCAGGACAGGUCAGCCGGGGCCACGGGCGCAGGGCUGGGGCCUGACGCGGAUGGCGACCACGUGCUGAUGCUGUCCGUGAUCCCUGGGGAGGUGGAGGACAAGCUGGGCCCCGAGCCGAGCGGCGGCACCUGCGGGGCCGGAGGGGACGAGGACUCGAGCUGCAGUCUCCGAGAGCACCUGUUCUCUCUGGACGGCGCCGGGACGAGCUUCCCGGACCGAGAAGAGGAGUACUACCCGGAGCCCGAAGUGGCCGACUCCGACCCGGCCCCGCCCGAGGACUCCAACAACACCGAGAGUCUGAAAUCCCCCAAGGUGAACUGUGAGGAGAGAAACGUGACCGGAUUGGAGAACUCCACUCUGAAAAUUUUAAAUAUGUCACAGGACCUUAUGGAUUUUCUAAACCCAAAUGGUAGUGACUGCACCCUGGUCCUGUUUUACACCCCGUGGUGCCGAUUUUCUGCCAGUUUGGCCCCUCAUUUUAAUUCUCUGCCCCGGGCAUUUCCAGCUCUUAAUUUUUUGGCACUGGAUGCGUCUCAGCACAGCAGCCUUUCUACCAGGUUUGGCACUGUAGCUGUUCCUAACAUCUUGUUAUUUCAAGGAGCUAAACCGAUGGCUAGAUUUAAUCAUACAGACCGAACACUGGAAACACUGAAAGUCUUCAUUUUUAACCAGACAGGUAUAGAAGCCAAGAAAAAUGUGGUGGUAACUCAAGCUGACCAAAUAGGACCUCUUCCCAGCACUUUGAUAAAAAGUGUGGACUGGCUGCUUGUAUUUUCCUUAUUCUUCUUAAUCAGUUUUAUUAUGUAUGCUACCAUUCGAACUGAGAGCAUUCGGUGGCUGAUUCCAGGACAAGAGCAGGAACAUGCGGAGUAGUGAUGGACUAAAAGAGAAGUCGGAGUGAGGAAUUUCAGAAAUCAGUGCUGCACUUUCAUACAUUUUUCUCCCGUGAAGUGUACUCUUACAACUUCAGGCAGAUUAAAAGAAUCAUGCAUUUGUUGAACUGUUAAAUGUGUUAAAAAUUAUAAAUUGGUGUUUUAAUUAA